AUGCCUGUGCGAUUGGCUGCCGCGUCGCGGGCGGGCUUUUUGUUGCUGCAGAGUAGGGGUCUGGACCGGCAGAGUCUGGCCAGAGUGCGACGCUACGGAGCGCGAGGUGCCUUGAUCCCAAGCCCAAGGGUUGCGCCGUUCCGUUUCCCGCAUCGAGGACGCCAUGAUGGCGCGUCGAAUCCGAUUCCCCCAGCCUGCAUGAUGGGCUCGAUAGCGAUGUGGAUGGUCCCCGAAGCGGCGGAUGAAAGGGACAAUGACAUGGACAUUUCGCCUGUGCAUGUCAUGUCAUCUACCGCCUGUGACAGUCACUUUACAUGUCAAUACAACUACAGCACAAUCGCCGGGCUGCUCGUACCGACAGCAAGCACGAAGCACCGAGCGAGGUGUGCGCAAUCCAAGCUUGCGGCCCCCCCCCGGUCUGACCGUAUCGAAGCUCGUGACAACCCUGCCGUUGAAAGGCUUCCCAGCAGGUCCGAUGCCCACCUACCUGAUCAGCACUGGGUGAAUCAGCGAUUCAAUGCCAAGGGCCAGAUCGGUGUCUCUCGGUCUCUGUCAACUGCCAGUUCUCUGAGCCUGCCCAGGUACUGCCUUAACUGCGGCUCAUUGGACGCGCGGGCGGAGGGCCAUCGAGUCGAGUCGAGCCGAGUCAGGUCGAGCCCAGCAGCCCAGCAGCUAAAGCACUUGGCCUUCGUCACUGCUCGCAAGGACGGCGCAGGGCCCUCUUUGCGCUUUGCUGUGUCUGGCCGGCGUGGGUUGCGCGCAUGUCUUGGAAGCGAGGCAUCGAAACCAACGAACCACCCUGGCCGUUUGUUCUUGGGCUCUCCCACACCGAAGAGGCUUGCCGCGAGGAGGCUGCAUCGCAUCACCAGAGAGCCAUGCCGCAGGAAGGGCUUCCAGUGUGCAAGAUGGUCGAGAGAAGGUAUUAUUACUUCACUUCAUGCUCGUCCGUUGGUAUGCAAGGGCUUGUCGACAGAGCUUGCAGCCGCUUUGCAGCGCAGAGAAAUGGCUUCCACUUUGGUUGAAGAAGAAGAAGCGCCGCAAGAAGCCGACCUGCGUGUCCUAGCUCGCUGCGUGCUGAUGCCAGUGGCCAAGAAUUGCAGCAUCCGCCGCCCUUUGCGCGCCCGCUCGAGCCGUCCUCGUGGCCGUACCUUAUUAACGUUAGGUAAGCCACUCCUCCUCGGCUAUGGGCCACCUGCCAAGGUAGAGCCGGCAGAGAUUCCAGAAGACGCCGCUUUCGAAUACGAAAGUCGAGUUUGCCACUCCGGCGGUCGCAAUGGCAUCCUCGGGCUCUUGACUUGCCGAACAGGCCAAGAUGCCGUGCGGAAGCGGACGGCCUCACGGCGCAACCGACCCGGCUUCACUCCCCUCUUUGCUAAGAGCUCUGACUCGAGUUCGAUGGCCAGUCAUGCUGAUUACUUGACGACCGCCUCUGCCCCGGUUGAUUCGAUCGAAACGUCUCCGGGAACGUCGUACAAGAACUGGGUACUACCGUUAUUACCACAACAGAUCUCAUCGUGGAUCUUUGCGCUUCCUUCGUCUGACUCGCUGCGUCGCCAUGAGUCGCACGAGCUGGCAUUUCGAAUGCCUAUCCAGCGUACCUCAGGUACGAGACCCACGAGCUGGGAACACACCUGA